UAAAGUUAGGCUAACUGUUUUAAGCUAAAUAAAUAGCUAUUUUGUGAUGACUAAGCAUAAAAACGGGGGUCCAAAUUAUUUAGGCUCUUUAUUCAUAUUCUUGAAAAACAGUAGUAAGCAAACCUCCUAAUACCUAAAAUAGCUAUGAGUGGCUAUACCGGCCUAAACAACGUUUUUCCGGGUUCUAAGCUUAGUAGCGCCUGCUAAACCCCUUCUAGAACCUAUAACCACUCCGGCAGCAGAUCACGGAGCCAUGUGGGCGUACAUUGACCUCACGGAUGAGACGCAUCGCCCUCCGACACCUACGCUGCAGUUUCCUGUCGCGCCGGUACAGCUACUACCGAUACCCCAUGACGAGCCUCCCGUCAAACGGAGGCGCGUCGACAAUGCCCUCACGCGUCGGCGCGGACUUAAGGAGUGCUUGCAGGAGCAAGUUUUACCACACGUCAGCCAGGUGGUGAGGUCGCUACCUGAAGGUGUUUAUUACGUUAACAACCUCGCCGUUCAGGCUGUAACUGCUCUCGCUAGAACCGCGAGGUUCCGGACGCGACUCGACGAGACGAAUGGGUACUUAACCCCCCAGGACGAGGCCGUCAUUGCGGUGCGGGCACGACACGAAAUCGCGAGGCUCACAAAACUACCAGAAUAUCGAAUCCCCAUUGAAUCACCGCUGAUCGAGUCGUUGAUACGUACCACGAACCCUUUAGGGCCGGGAUCGGAGGUUGCCCCCAAACAAAUACAUAAGCCUCCACGUCCCUCACAACCAACGACGAACGAAGAACCCCACGAUCUAGGUAACUUCGACCGCCUGCCGUAUAGGCUACGGACGAAACGCACCGAGCCAAAAUCAAAUAAUCCAUACUUUCACCUCGACAAUCGCCCCUAUCAAACGGCAGCGAGCCGCGAUGCAAUUGCUAAAGGGGCAUUGCAUCCCCUCCAACCACGAUACCGUGUACCAUCGCAACCUACAGUCUACCAUGUGGACUUUACCUCAGACGAGAUCGCCAAGAUCGCCGAGUGUGUCUCCGAAUACGAGUCAGAGGCGGUCCCUGCCACUGUGGAGGCCCUCGCCGAACGAUGCCACAUCUACGAUAUUCCCAAGACAGUGCAAGGCAAACUCAAGGGCCGGAUGAGCGAGGACAUACGGAAUUUCUGCUCGGAUUUGCUAGCAGGGCAGGCUACUCCGCUAUCUGACGGCUGCAUGCUAUCCAUGAGCCGCGAUGUCAACAACCAACGAGCCGAGGCCGCACGAGCAAGCCGUGUUACGUCGUUGCUCCUGGCCCGAGAGAUGGAGGGCAACAUUGGCUUCGGGCGAACGAGACAGCUUGUCAACUUUCAAAAUGAAUUGACAAAGGCUCGAGAGGAUGAUCUGCAGGUCGUGGCUGAGUUCACCAACUGCGCCGGAGACAUCACGACCGGAUCUUGGGUUUCUAGCGACAACCUAAUAUGCGGAACCACGGCACAUUCAGAUACUCACAACCAACAGUAUAAUAAGCCCGGCAACUUGCUUCUUUGCUCCACCACCGAAGGCACACUCCGAUCAUUUCCCGACCACCGAAUACCCAGGCCUCGAGUAGAAAAGGGCGAGAACUCCACAGAGGCCAUGCGUCGCAGUCAGGACCCGUGGCUCUACUCAUCGGUCGUAUCCUCCGACUACGAUGAGGACUUUGAUUUAGCUUUUACGUCCAGUUUCGACAAGACGGUAAAGGUAUGGAAGGUCGAUCCGACUGGUCGGUCUAUAGAGGCUCUUGCAACAUGGCAACACACGAGCAUCGUCAACUUCGUUAUCGCAGCCAAGGAUGGAUCUGGCCGCGUUGCCACAGCUGCCGACUCGCCUAGCGAGGCUGUACGAGUCUAUACUGUCAAUCCGGACAAUGUUGCUGAGAGCUCAGUCCAGAGCCUCUCGUGCACGCGAACCGAUGCAGAUGGCUCCGAUAAGUGGGCGUAUUUCCCCGCGACUCUGCAGUGGGGACGAGCACCAGGAACCCAACACUUGCUUCUAAUUGGGUAUUCGCCACGGAGCACAAGCGGCGAAGACCUCGAUAUUCCAGAGGACAAAAGGAACUCGGGCGAGAUUACCCUGUGGGAUGCCGCAGAGGGCCGUCGUCUGCCUGUCAUGACCGCGUCGACGGCCAAUGUCUUUGAAGUGGCAUGGCACCCAAAGGUUGCAUGUUUUAUCGUUGCGACAACACUAUGCACUUUUACGAUCGACCACAAUGUCAGAACCCAGAUACACAUCUUCCGGCGAGAUAGGGAGCGCCAAGAUGGGGCCUACAGCCAGUUUCAGGCUCUCGAUUGCUUUGCAUCAGACAUCAACGAACUGACUUUUAGGCCAAACUCGGUUCGGCAUGCGUAUAUCACGGCGGCGUGCACCGAUGGCAACGUCUACGUCUGGGACACUGCACAGGGCGACAAGCCGAUCCACAUUUUAAAGCACGGGUACCCCUUGGACGAGUUCUACGAGGACCGCGAGAGGGAGGACACGGGCGUCAAGUUUACAGCGUGGGGAUCGUCAGCCGACCGCUUCUACACGGGUUCCAGCGAUGGGAAAGUCAAGGUCUGGAAUGUGCGCAACAGGCGUAAGCCGCUGGUGCGCGACCUGCUCGAAGCCCCGGGCCCCAUCUCAUUUGGCACCUUUUCUCCGGACCGCAGGAAGCUGGCGGUCGGUGACGCCACUGGUCGUAUCUUUAUAUUUUCUGUUGAUGAGAGAGAUGUGCCAGAAUCGCACUUUAUCGCGUUGCCCGGGUCAAGCCAACGUGUCCGAAGAUCGAAGCCGUUGAUACCACACCCAGAGCCUCCUCCUCCAGAUGCCGACCGGGACGCCGUGGUUGAAGAUGAUGAUACGAUGGACGCGGAUGAAGACGACUCGGAAUCCGACAUUGCCGUGUACUCACGCAACACUUACCUCGAGUCCCAGCAGCUCACUCUGAACCGCAAUCCUGUCAUCGGCGCAGUCCAAGGCCCAAAGUACGCCGCGACGGGCCUCUUCCGCCGGGAGGCCCACCUCAACAGCGACCCGGCCCUGCCCCUCCUCGCCGACUUUGAGCGAAAUCAACUCGUGAGCACCGCUGCAAGUCGCGGCGGCCGGCGCCGCUCCGUACGCCGCCUCAGAGCACCUGGCUCUCCGAAUGAGCGGCUCCUAAACGCGCACUACGAGAACGAGAAGCAGGACCUUGCGGUGAUGGACAUGCCGGUGUGGAGCUUGGCGCAGCUGAGGGAGGCUGGGGCGGUAUUAAACCCCGAGGAGGAUUGGGGGUAUGAGUAUGAGGAGACGCCCAGGUCCCCGUCACCUCCACGCAGGUACGAGUAGCUUGGCCCAUCGUGUCAUGGGUACAUAGACCCCCAGCUGUAAUGCAAUGCCGAUUCCGGGGAAGGAGGCGGCAUAACGUGGGGAAAUGUUAAUAAAUCAGUCCAUAUGUACAUGUAGCCCUGGCUGCGUUUUGUCUCCCUUGUCCAAACCCCCAAUUCUGAAGUACCUUGCAUAUACAUCAGAAUCUCCCGACCUUAAAUCAGCUCGACUGAGAUAUAUCAGCAUCACAUAGAUAAUACAUCCACCCAAUACGUAGCUAUACAAGUAAAAAUAGCACUACGACCCGUAUCACACCGUCCGGAAGCCCCCAACAUUCCCCUUUGACCCUUUAAAUAGCCCUGA